AUGAGUGAAAGUUUACGGCCACCGUUGACGUACUAUCCCAUGCGACAGGUUUUAUCUGUCAAAACACCCCAUAUGAAGAUGUUUACUCAUGGACUUCAGGACGGGCUUAAGUUGGAAUACUUCCAGGUUGGGCUGGGCAAAGAAACAUAUGCAGACCGAGAUGUGGAGCGUAAGGCAGUUGGGCUUAGCAAGCUUCCCAUUAUCUUUACCAGCCCGUGUGGAUCUAAUAGGCUCCGAUUUGUUACAGAACAAAAACGAGCAGCCUUACUAUCAGCUUGUCAGCGCACUCGGAUACGAGCUGUGCACCAUCCAUAA